AUGUAUGUAAAACAUAAACAAAAGGAGCUUUUAGCUCAAUUAACAGCUUCAAAAUUUACACAAUGGUUGAAAUCACCGGAUUUUACGAAAUAUUUGUGUAGUACACAUUUUUGGGGACCAGUAUCUAAUUUUGGAAUACCUUUAGCAGCAGUUACAGAUUUAAAAAAAGAUCCAGAAAUCAUUUCUGGAAAAAUGACACUAGCGUUAAUUAUAUAUUCAGCAACAUUUGCUCGUUAUGCUUGGAUGGUUAAUCCUCGUAACUAUUUGCUUCUUGGAUGUCAUAUUGUUAAUGAAACAGCACAAAUUGCUCAAGGUGUUCGAUGGUUAAGUAUAAAAUAA